AGAGAGGAUGAUGCAGGGGAUCAGCUCUUUUUCCCAUCUUCAUCACCAUCACCAUCACCAUCAUCAUCAUCAUCAUCCUCAUCCUCAUCAUCAUCAUGUCCAUCUUCAUCAGUCCAGUCAACUCCAGCCGAGGGGGGAUCAUGUCAGUGAACAGCACCGAGGAGACAGCAGCAGCAGACUACACCUGUGUGCGCUUCUACGUUUCCACCGUGUCCUUCUCCAUCCUCCUCUUCUUCAACCUCCUCAUCAACUGGACCAUCGUGCGUGAGGAGCGGCUCCGGACGCGCAUGCGCUUCGUGCUCGUCUUCCAGCUGCUGGUGUCGGCCCUGCUCCACCUGGGCACCAGCAGCGUCUUCUACUCGCAGGUGCAUGCGGACGCGCGGCCGGGGAGGUCCGCGUGCCUCCUGAUGGUGACCGUCCUGAUCUCCUCCGCCUCCUGCAUCCUCCUCACCCUCACGGUGAUGGCGCUGGACCGCUACUGCGCCGUGUGCCACCCCAUGCGCUACACCCACACCUGCACCGUGGGGCACUGGCCCUGGCUGCUGGGGGGGCUCACCUGGCUGGUGGCACUGGUCAUCCCCCUCAGCCUGCUCCUGCAGCCCAGCCCGGAGGACCACCACCACCAGCAGGGGAGGUGUGGCCCGGAGCAGCUGAGGAGAGGCGGCCUGCAGAAGGUGCUGUUCAUCGGGCUGUGCACCAUGCUGAUCCUGUACAGCUACGUGCGCAUCCUGGUGGAGGGCCGCAGGUUGGGGGUGCUCAACCGGCACAACCGGGCCGGGUGUCGGACCAUCGCCCUGCACGGCUCCCAGCUGGCCGUGUACAUCCUGCCCAGCUUCGUGAGCUUCGUGCUGGCCACUCUGCACAAGCAGGAGCUGAUCCGGACCCAGACCCGGGAGCUGUCCUCCGUGGUCACCUUCGCCUUCUUCAGCCUGGCGCAGUGCGUGGCACCCAUCGUGUACGGUUUGCGCAAAGAGGAACUCCUGGAGAAGAUGAGCCGCAGGUUCCCGUGCUGCUCCCGCUACCUGAAGAGCGUCCUGGGCUGGACGGUGCGAGGCAGCUGGAUGCCCCCCCACCACAGAGCACAGCACGACCCCUACAGAAAACGAGCACUCACAGCCCAGACGAUCAUCUCCCAAGAGCUCCCACAAGUCCCAGAGGAGGAGGAGAUGAGGCCAGUGUCAGUCAGGAUUUCCUCACAUGACUCCCACUCAUGUCAGGGUGAUGCAGACAAUGCCUGA